GUGGCCGCUGACAGGAGAACAGGAAACAUUGAAAACGACAGGAGAAAUGAAAAGAUAUAAGCAGGUCGGCAUAGUGAAAUCAAAGCAUUAGGGAAGAGGGGGGAAAGAGAAAGGAGAGAAAGGGAGCGAGCGAGAGUGAGAGAGCGGCCUCGCUGCCAUAUAAGAGAGAGAGAGAGACCAGGGAGUCCGCUUGAAGCUUGAGAUACAGGAAGACAGGCAGAGGGGAGAGAGGGAGAGAGAGAGAGGGGGAGAGAGAGCAGCUGGUCCAUUGAAGAAAGAUGGCUACAGUCACUGCGAACGGAGUGCAGCAAGAGAAUGGAUUCAGCACCAUGAACAGCGCCGGCAGGAUGAACGGGCUCACCAUCGGGCAGAACACUAUUCCCAUGAAAGACCAUGACGCCAUCAAGUUGUUUAUAGGGCAGAUACCAAGAAAUCUGGAAGAGAAAGACCUGAAACCCUUGUUUGAGGAAUUCGGGAAGAUAUACGAACUAACCGUACUGAAAGACAGGUUUACAGGAAUGCAUAAAGGAUGUGCCUUUCUCACGUACUGUGCCAGAGAGUCUGCGCUGAAGGCCCAGAGUGCCCUGCACGAGCAGAAGACCCUGCCGGGGAUGAAUCGGCCGAUUCAGGUAAAGCCAGCGGACAGUGAAGGACGGGGAGAAGACAGGAAGCUGUUUGUGGGCAUGCUGGGAAAGCAGCAGGGCGAGGAGGACGUGCGGCGGCUCUUCGAGACCUUCGGCCAGAUCGAGGAGUGCACCAUCCUCCGAGGUCCUGAUGGGGCCAGUAAGGGCUGUGCCUUUGUUAAGUUCUCGAGCCACGCGGAAGCGCAGGCAGCCAUCAACACCCUGCACGGUGGACAGACCAUGCCGGGGGCCUCAUCCAGCCUGGUCGUUAAGUUCGCGGACACGGAUAAGGAGCGAACUCUGCGCAGGAUGCACCAGAUGGCCGGUCAGCUUGGCAUCUUCAGCCCCAUGACUGUGCAGUUUGGAGCUUACGGGGCCUACACUCAUGCUCAGAUGAUGCAGCAGCAGGCGGCUCUCAUGGCGGCCGCCCAGGGAACCUACAUGAACCCCAUGGCCGCCAUCGCCGCCGCGCAGAUGCAGCAAAUGGCGACUUUCAACGUUAACGGCCUCGUGGCUGCCCCCAUGACGCCUUCUUCAGGCACCAGCACCCCACCAGGCAUCAACGCCACAGCCGUGCCUAGCAUAGCCACUCCCAUCGGGGUCAACGGCUUCAGCGCCCUGCCGCCGCAGACCAAUGGCCAGCCGGCAUCAGAGCCCAUAUUCAGUAACGGGAUCCACCCCUACCCUGCACAAAGUCCUACAGUGGCUGACCCCCUCCAGCAGGCCUAUGCAGGAGUACAGCAUUACGCAGCAGCCUACCCCGCUGCCUAUGCACCAAUCAGCCAAGCGUUCCCGCAGCAACCAGCCAUCAUCCCCCAGCAGCAGAGGGAAGGGCCAGAAGGCUGCAACCUGUUUAUUUACCAUCUGCCCCAGGAGUUCGGAGAUGCCGAGCUCACGCAGAUGUUCCUGCCGUUCGGCAGUGUCAUCUCUGCCAAAGUCUUUGUAGACCGGGCCACCAAUCAGAGCAAAUGUUUUGAGGCACGAUCAAAUCAGCUGGCAAGUGGAAAAUUCAAGCCGUCAAUCACGGAGGUGUCAGAUAAGAGCAGCCAGGAGUCGCAGGGAGGAAAGCUUUGGGCUCAUUCCACCCUGACACGCAGGUUUUGUCAGCUUCGACAACCCGUCCAGCGCUCAGGCUGCCAUCCAGGCCAUGAACGGCUUCCAGAUAGGCAUGAAGAGGCUGAAGGUGCAGCUGAAGCGGCCGAAAGACGCCAACAGACCUUACUGACUGCUCUGCCGUCACCACCAGGGUGAAGGGUCUCCAAAUGUUAUUUCCACAAGUGCAGUAUAAGUACAAAGACUUCUCGCUCUGCCACAUAUCCUGAAAGAAGAACGGUCCCUUGAUUAUUUGGGAAAGAAAUCGAACGACUGAAAAAGGAUCCAGGAAGUUUUUUUCCCUAACCCAGUUUUUUUUUCUUUUUUUCCCCCCUCCAUCUUUUUUUGGCAAUUUUUCAUUCGCAGUUGAUGGAAGCCAAUUUUAUUGUGACCAAGUUGCUGCAGCUGUUCUCCGAAGCAGGAGUGAGAACCUUUACAGACUCAUAGCGCUCCAAGCAUGCUUUACCAGGAAAAACACAGAGACUUUCAAGCACACCAAAAACAGCACACACACUCACACAUGCACAGCUGUACACACGCACACAGACAAGGAGACACACCAGCUUGCUGGCUUUUUGGUUUUUGUGCACACAGGUAUAUUUAUCCCUGAUAGGGCUGCCAGGACAAGCGAUGGAUGAACUGGAGAGGGAAGAGGAGAAUCCAAGAUUAUUUACAAGCAUCAUUCCUUAGGAUAUAGGGACCAAAAGACCAAAUGCUUUUUAAAGGACGUAUAUAUGUAUAUAUAUAUUCAUAUAUAUACAGUAUAUAUAACUCUUACCUUGUAGCUGCAAGUAUUUACAAUUCAAUAUUAGGGGAAAGAGAGACAUUCAAUCAUUAUCCAGUGGCUUAAGUAUGACUUAAAAAAACCAAUUAUGGAAAAAAAGCAUUUAAAAAAUAGAAGAGGAGUUUAAAAUGAUUUGUUCCUGUAGCUAUUUGCUGUAUCAGGUAGUUUUAGAAAAGUAUAUUAGAUUAGCAGAGUUGUAAGAGCAAAUUUCUGGUGUUUUUGUGUUUUUUUUUUAAGAAUACCUGCUUUUGAUAAUGAAGGAGGAAAAAUGCUUCUCUUGGGACGGUUCUGGUGAAAGCGUUCGAUCUCUCUGUGGGACUUUGGUUUGCCACUGGAUAUCUUCCUCAUCAUGCUGUACAUUUCACUGCGAGUUUCUAACAACUGCAAGAUGAACCGGCUGGACAAAAAAAAAAAAAACGGCACCGGGAGUGUGUGCAGGCAGGCUGGCCUUCAUGAUCAAACGACAAUCUACUGAAAUGACCAAGCGAAACUGAAAAGUGGCGUGCUUUCGUUCAGCUGUUUUUUAAAAGUAUUUUAUUACGUUUUUUUUUUACUGCAUCAGGGAUUCACUAGCAUAGGUCACUAACAAAAGAAGUAUGGAACAGAUUUCACAAAGAGCUGUUAAUUGAAGUAAAGGAGAAGAGUGUGAAUGGAUGCUGGCCAGGUCCUGGGGGAGAACUCAGAAGACCCUGCGAUGAUUACCAGAGCAUUUGUGAAAUCCCUAAACAGACAAGGCAAAAGCAGGAAGUUACAACAGGAAGUGGGCGUGGUCUUUUGGGGUCAGGAUACCUGCCGUGUGAUAAUAGAAAAGCUGAUCAACGUGCACUUCCUAGGAGACAAUUCAAGAUUGAGGUAUAAAGGCAAAUAUGUUUUAAGUUGUAGAAUGGAAGCAAAAACAUCCUCUUGUCAAUUAGAAACCUAAUUACAAGUCAAGCAUUACUUGUUGAUGACAGAGUGACAACUGGAAGCUUUUAUAAGUCAUUUAGUAUUGUCAUUAGAGUAUGUAAAUAGAAAUGUGAGCGAAUUCCCUGACCUGCUUUCCUCUAUCUUACAUUUUAUAUGAGCCUUUGAGAUCUCAACGCGAUGCAAAUUUAAUUGUAGCCUCUCUAAAUAUAGGCCAUUCCAAAGCUUAAUGUUAGGAAAUGCUCUACUUUAUUUUCUAUUGCAAAGAGCAUGCAUCCAUUUCAGAUCAUAAAUGUUGGUUGAACCUAAGUGUUGAAGAUUUUGUCAUUAACUGGGAAUGGCUUUGGGCUCUCUCAGGUACCAAAUUUGCAUUUUGUUUGCAUACUUGUAUUUAAUUUCUUUUAUUCCAAAAAGCUCUCUCGGUCUGGAUAGCUUCCAGAGACGCUUUGCAAAUCUUAAUGUGACCACUUAAAAGGAAAGGGGAUUUGGGUAAAGAACGAGCUGGGCUGAUUUUUAAGUCCAUCCUCAGCCCCCUCCAAAGACAGGUGUAAGUCCAGACUUUGGUUGGCCCCACUCCUUAGGACCAAACAAAAGCUACGGGAUCCCAGGACCGGUUUUUAGAUCCCUAUCUGGGCCCAAUUUAGUAGAAAGCACUGCAGUCUUGAUGAGUCUCAAUUGGUUUGUCCGACACCUUUUGCCUUCUGCCAAAUCUGUUGUUUACUUCCAGUAAACCAAUUAAUUGAACAGAUACAUUCCAAGUCUCUCAGACACUUUACAGUGCCCAGACAUAACCCGUUCAGCUAUAGCUCUGCUGCACUGCUGUCACCAGAUGCUGGCCCCCUACUUUUUUUUACUGGCUAAAGUUCUUUUCAGUUCAGUAAUCAAGUUUAUAAUUGGUUAUUUUGCAUUAAAUAUAUCUCGUCAAGAGUUUUAGAGCAGUUCCUGUGUAUUUGUUCCGAUAUUUGUGCAGUGCACCAACAUCUCCAAGAUCACAGGCAAAAAAUAUGUGUUUCCGGACAGAAAAUUUCCAGUAGUCCAGAGUUACACUGUGCCUCUGAGUGUGGUCUGUUUUGGUGCAGAAAAUAUCUUUGUGUGGUCAUGGUAAAGACUUUAAAAAAAAAAAUCAACAAGACAACUGUCAAAAGCACAGCGCAACCCAGGGUAUCGUACAGUGUCACUGGAAGAAGAAGAGUUUGCAAAGCACAGCAACUACUUUGACUCAAAGUUAUGAGCAUUGAGUGUAAUACAGAUAUUACAAAAUAUUAGCUUUAUUUUGCCUUCGGACACUAUGGAGUUUCUCUAACUGCUCUAACAGUCUUGUGAACAUGUUUGUUUUUUGGGGAAUGCUAGUUAGGAGCCUGUUGUCCUUUUACUUGGAGUAGAGUACGACCAGAAAGAAAGUUCAAAGGAAGGAGCAGGUCUCCCAUUGUCUGCUUAUGUAAUGCUUACCUUUCGGAAAUAGCCCCCUUCCAGGGGCAGCAAGGAAGGCUGCAUCAUCCCCAACGCUAACCGAGAGAGACACUUAAGUGUAGGCGGCCAUGUUGGUCUUACACUCAUGAGACGACUUUAUUAGUCCAGCAUGUAGCGCUGCAGAAAUCAGACUGCAAGAACGAAACCUGUGUAGCUAGUACGUGAAACAUUUAAUCAUUUUUAUUUUUUAAUCGCUUAUAAACUGUCAAAAGCCUAUGGUACCUGCACCCACACCAACGUUUCGUGUUUAUCCAAUCGUUUAGGUUAGCGCUAAACAUCGAACAGCCCAAAAUAAUAAACCGGAAAACCGACUCUGGCCAUUAUUGUUAUGAUUAUUAGUAGUGGUGAUAACAGUAGUAGCAGUGCAUAAUAAUGAAUUAAUUGUAUACCUAUAGACUCAGUAACAUGUGACAUUCCUGUGAACCUCCUGGACGCAGGACUGAGAAGUGGCAGUACGUAAUACAGGAAGCCAUGCCGUAUGACGUAUCGCGUGGGAAAACCGUCUGGCAGGUCUGGUUCCGCAGUUUCUCAGGUGUGCGGCAGACACGACCGGCACUCACAGUGUAGUUAGCCUGCCAUGUGGGGGUCAUUUCUUACAGAUGCCCUGAAGAGGAGAGUUAUUUUUUCGUACCAUUGAUUUUACAGAGGAUUAGUGGACAAACAUUCAGCUGAAAUGAUAGAAAUGAGUCUGUACACUUUAACCAAGUGCUUUACUUAAAUUGUUACUUUAAAUAUUUAAAUGUGGGCAUUUAUUCCUAAUAAACUACCAUUGCAGUGCUCCUUCAGUUGUUAAUCUCAAUUAAUUUAAAACAAAAGUGUUAGAAUCUUUUUAUGUUUUUCUUUUUGUUUGCUUUUUAUUUUUUUUAAUCUUUGUAUCAAAGUUGUUUAUAUGAUGCUUUUACCAUCACUUAAGACAUCUGUAUUUAAUUCUGCGGGGGUACACCUUGAUGGGUAUUACAGCAGUUGUAAGUAUGCCCUUAAGCACUAAUCUGCCUAACCCAACAUGUGAAAAAUCCUUGGCAUUCCUUAUUUAUAAGCCAAAAUUCCUAAAAAUCAUGAUAGGUGAUCUAUUUACGCAUGACAAUAUUUGAAAGGUGUAUGUACAAAUAUGACAUAAAGGGAAAUUUGGAUUUUCACUGGAGGGCACCUUAAAAUCUGAAAUGGCCAGAUGUGGAAAUUGCUAUGUAUUACAAUGACAGUAUAGACCUAUGUAAGAUGAAAUCUUUUAAUUACACUUUUAUGUAUUCAGCGUUUUAAAUAUAGGUGACAGGAGCCGAAGGAAUGAGCUUCUGAUUGGUAUUACAGAAUGAAUAUGUGUUACUGAAAAUGGAAAGGAAGUUGCUUUGUGUUGUGCGUGGAAUAGAGAAAUGUGCUCCAUCAUGACAGCAUGUAAAAGGUACAACUGAACAUUUCACUUCUGCCUGCAGCUGGUUGGCGUGAGGCAGCCGGGCUCUUAGCACCGUGUUGCGGGAUCUAAUAUGUGUCUCCGUGUUCAGCUUUAAAUUACUGCCAGAAGUGUCUUGCACAGCAAUGUGACCCUAACCAUGACAUCAGAGGGGCAUCCCGAGGCACUGCUGGAUUUGUUUGCUAUUAAGUCAACAAGGAGGACAGUCUUUUUACCUAAACGGUCUUUUUUUUUUUUUUUAAUUAAGUCAAGGCAAGCAGCAGAAUGACAUAGAUAUGAAGACGUGAUGCAUUUUUAAUAUGCUUCUCAAAGUGUUUCAGAAUUCAGCAUGAAAAGGCUGAGCUUCAACGUAGUCGCUAUCCAAUAAUAAAAUAACCCCUUUUGUCAUCAGAGCAGUGCAUAAUCUUCUCGUAAUGCAUUUCUGCCAGUGGCCAAUGGAAAACUCAGGCUAAUCUAUCAAUUUCAUGCCCUGGUUGUUCUUAGGUGUUUUUUUCUGUGUGAGUUUCAGGCUCAGAGAUAAGAAAUUGUAUUGAUAGAGUCCUUUCCUGCUUUGGACCGUCCCCCAGGGCCUUACGUUUUUGUAGAAUGGAAAACAUGCAUCUUAAAAUAGGACGGUUGUUCCACUGGUGGCAGCCUGUGGCGAGAUACUGAGUCAGCCUCCCCGUCCCUAAGUGCACUAGAACAUGGUGCGACAACAGAAAAGCUAAAAUCGCAGCCCUGUCAUGGUAACGGCUGGAAGAGAGCCAGGUUUGACAGAACAGCGCGAGCGAUAAGGAACAUGGAGCUUCUCGUAUCAUCAUACCACCCUUCUUUUAGAAAUGAACUGUUUUAGUAUUUCCUAUGAACAACAGUGUAUAGAAAUUUGCCUGCCUGCAAUGUCCAGUCGGAAAGCUAAUAGGAUCCAGAUUAGGAUAGUAUGACUGGAUUAAAGAAAUUCAGAAUUAUAGAUAAGCGUCUGGACAUCGGAGCUUUACCCACUGACCAUGCAGGUCCUGAUGGGGGGUGUGGCUUCGACUGUAAAAGACUGUAAGACAUUGGCUUCAGGUGCUUGGAAUUCUGUGGGUGUCCAAGGGUGGCAUUCUGCUGUUUUUACAGCACUGGUUAUGCUGGUUAGACUAAGGUCUUGUUCAUAUCAUAUUCCAGUGUGAAUAAAUGCAGAAGGAGAAAGUGGUAUUGGUGCACGGGGUUAAUAGUGUUCAUUUUCUAAAGCCUGGUGAUAAUAACCAAGAUUAUUUCAUUUUUUUUAUGAUAUAUGAAACAAAUUGCAAGCAUUUGCCAGGAAAUUGUCCUUAUAUAAUAAUUAUAUCAAAAUGUUAAAAAUGAUAUUUUUAAUUGUGGAUAUUUGUUUAGUAACGCUAUAUUUAGGGCCAUUUUUAGUAAUUUAUAUACACAUUCAUAAUGUAGUAUAAUGCAUUCAUAAAGCAUUAUAAACAUGGCAUUAAAUAUGUAUCAAAAGGCGUAACACAUUAUAGCCAUGUUUAUUAUGCAUUAUGACUGCUUAUGAAGCUCUCAUCUAUAAUGCACUAUAGAUACCUUCAUAAUGCAGUACCAAGCAUCCUUAAUGCUUAUUAUGACCUUUAUAAUGCAUUAUAAUGGUAUUUAUAGUGCAUUUUAGAUGAGUUUCAUAAGCAGUCAUAAUAAAUAAUGCACACGCCUAUAUUUUGUUCUGGCUUUUGAUAAAUAUUUACAGCUAUGUUUAUAAUGCUUUAUGAAUGCAUUAUUAUUUGUUACCAGUAUGUUUAUAAAUUACUAAAAACAUGGCCUUAAGUAAAGUGUUACUCAAAGUUCUUUUUUUAAUUUAUAAAAAGGAUUUUUUUAGUCAUUGUCAGUUUGGGAGCCUUAACCCAUGUCCGAUACAGUAUGAACAACAUCGCUCAGCUGGAGAUACGAACACUCAUAUCAAGAACGCAUUGUAGGUGAAGAGCGGGAAAAACUCAUUAAUCUGGGCUGCUUUUUGAAUGAGCGUAGUGUGUCUGAGAGCUGAAACCUACAUAUUUGAGUAGAUGUGAGCAGAUAAGUAACAAAUCAAAGCUCGGAGUCAUUCCUCUGUAGGUAACUUAAAUUAAGCUGUUUUGAUGGGAAUAAAAAUAUUUUCUGCUCCACAGUAUAUCCCCCAUUUUCUGAUUUUCAUCUCCUGCAAUCUUCCUUGUUAUAUAUACCUGAUAUGCUGCAGGAGUAUUCUAAUGUGAACUGACAAAAGGGAGAUCUCUUUGCCAUCAACACAGGGAAAACCUGUGAGCGAAACUCAUCAACGUUAGCAUGCUACCAUGCUACAAACACAGCCUGUGUCCGGCCUGCCUCUGCUUUCCAGGAUAUUCUACAGUAGUUUUGUAUAUACUAUAUAACUUAUUUUUAAAGUCUGGUAUCAACCUUCUUUGUAGACAGCAAAAUAAAAAACAUCUUUAAAAAAUAUAUUUCACUGAGUUUAAAAGAAAAAAAAACUAUUAAAUAAUUUAUCAGAAAACAUUAAAAGAAAAAUAUUUUAUUUCUUGUACAAUGAUGCUUUAAUGUGUAAAUUAUUUUAUAUUUAUGGUGAAUGUUCUUUGUUUUUUCUGUCUCACUUUUGGUUAUUUUCGUUCUUAAUUAUCAAAACUGGAAUGGACGCGGUUGUUCAAAGUGUUUAUUACAACGUUGUACACAGUGCUGCCGAUUAGAGGAACUUUUGUUGUGCAAUGCUGUUUUCAAACAAAAUGACGACGACAACAAAAAUCAUCAUAAUUUUAUAUGGGGAAGAAAAGGCUUCCGUGUUCCAGUAUUUAGGUGCGAGCUCUUGUGUUUGAAAUACUAAAUGGAAAGAAGAUUCAGCAAAAAUCAAUCUGCGGGGGAGAAAAGCAUAACAGGGAGACAUAUAACGAUGCAUCCAUUAUACGAUUCCAUUCAAUUAAGAUGCCAAAAUCUGGUGGAAGUGAUAAUGAGUUCAAACAGAGGUUUCCGUUGGUGUUUUUAUUAAAAGAGAGAGAAAUGAAAAUAACUGGAACUUAAAUGCACGUUUUCAUUCCAGCAUUGUGCUUUGAAGUCCCAUGUAGUUUUUCCACCGUGAUCGUUGUCUUCAAAACGCGCUUUGUGCUUUUUGCUGGAUCCGUUUCCAUUGUUCAUCCCGAAUUCUACCUAAAAUGCAGCUUGGUCGUAUUUGUCAAAAGCUCAUCGUUUUUAGAACUAAGUUUUGCUUUCAUUCCAUCUUGAUCUCCUGUAAUUCCCGUACAUGGUUCGCUCGUCUCGGUCGUGGCGUACCAUGUACCUGCCUUGGAGGACAACGAAUUGAGUGCCAAUUAGAGUGCCAAUAAAGCAGAAACGUGCUUCACUGGCACCAGCUGUCACAUCUGCCUGUGGUCCAGGUGCUGAACAGCACAUGUUGCGGGACAUCAGCCUUAAACAGACCAUUCACUCUGAUAGCACCACAUCUACUAUUGCGCAAUGUCUUAUCUUAAAAUAGCAAGCAACUAUUUCUUUGCUGGUGUCUGGGCUCCUUGGUGAACAUCUUUGAGCACUAUUAACCAGCUGUCGAUCCAGAAUGUUGUGCGGCCUUCAAAUUCAAUUCCACCUCUUAUACCAGUCAGUAUUAGAGGUCAUUGUCCCAUUUCAAAUUGUAUAAGGACCAAAUUUUAGCACAGUUUCUGCUUUGUUGUACUGAUAGAUUGAGUUGUAGGCUUCAGGUGUAAUUUAGACGCAAAGAACCGCCUCAAAAGACCACAGAACACCUGAACUAAAUAAACUGUAAGGGACAACAUAUUUACAGCUUUGCACUAAUAUUUCUCUUCAUUUUUUCAUAGUUUUUCCUUUUACCACAUCCAAAAAUAACUGUCGAUUUUCUUUGGAAUUGUUUACCUUUGGAUGUAUUGAUUUGUUAACUUUUUAUGUUAAACUCUGUAGAUAUGUACCUUUUUAAAUCCUUAUUUCUUGAAGAAACAAAAUUUUUAUGUUUAUUUUCCUGAAACAGAGCUGUAAUUUGAAAUACCGUUGAUAAGGGGUCUGUUUUCCCUGAUUUGGAGGGGUUUCUGCUGCAGUGCUCCUGAACUGUAGUUCUCUAGUUCAUUAUAUUCUGCUUAGACUAAAAUAAAGCACAGUCCUGUAGAACAAUAAAA